UCUCCGUCCCGUCUCUUCCUGGCCACGACGGCAGCAUGGCGGGUAAGGAAUUGCGGGCAGAGCUGGAGCAGUGGCUCGGCGCCCUGGCCAUCCAUACUGAGGUUGUGGAGCACCCGGAGGUGUUUACAGUUGAAGAAAUGAUGCCUCAUGUCCAGCAUUUGAAAGGAGCACACAGUAAGAACUUAUUUCUUAAAGACAAGAAGAAAAAAAGCUAUUGGCUGGUGACAGUUCUUCAUGAUAGACAAAUUAAUUUAAAUGAUCUUGCCAAGCAAUUAGGUGUUGGGAGUGGAAAUCUUCGGUUUGCUGAUGAAACAGCCAUGCUAGAAAAACUAAAAGUUGGCCAAGGCUGUGCCACACCUUUGGCACUCUUCUGUGAUGACGGAGAUGUGAAAUUUGUUCUGGAUUCAGCUUUUUUGGAAGGUGGACAUGAAAAGGUGUACUUUCAUCCAAUGACCAAUGCUGCAACCAUGGGAUUGAGCCCUGAAGACUUUAUCACAUUUGUGAAGAAGACAGGACAUGAUCCCAUAAUACUAAAUUUUGAUAAAAACAACUAAUUGGGCUGAUACUUAGAAUACAUCUAUUUCUGAAAGCUCUUUUUCUUACUUGUAAUUUCUAAAAAGCAUUAGAAUUGAUAAGAAUAUUUAGCACCUUGAUUUGGUGAUGAAAUCAUUUUAGGGAGGAAUGUUUCGUCUAAAAGGAGCAGAGUUUUGUUUUGUUUUGUUUUUAAUUUAAGUAAUCUCUACACCCAAGGUAGGGUUCACAUUUACAACUUUGAGAUCCAGGGUCACAAGUGUUACUGACUGAGCUGGCCAGGUGCCCUAUAAAAAGGAGCUGCCUUUAAAAAGAUACAUUGAGGUCGUUUUAGUCAGUUCAGAGGGUCCACUUCUAUCCCCCAUGAGCACUACUCAUUACAGGAAUGCCUUCAACAAUUGAGAGUAUAUUAACGAUAAAACUAAGGCUAGUUAAGAUUAACUAUCUUACAUCUUCUUUAGGGUGUUUACUUGAAAAACACAACUUGCAAAAAACCAGCAUAUAUAAAAUUACACAUAUAUUGUACAUACAGAGAAAAAGGAACAUAGAAAUACAUUAAAUUGUUGAUAGUGGUUAUCUCUGGGGAAUGAGGAUUAGGGAAAGAUUUGUUUAAUCUUUCUGAGAGGUUAGAAAUGUGAAUAUACUUGGAAAAUUUUUUUGUGUCCUGUACGUUAUAUUAAAUUUUACUCAUCCCCCCUUCAGUUAGGGCAUCUGAAACAGUGUAAGAACUCAUUAUUAUGUAUUGUCAGUUCUAUAUAAGCUAGUUCAAAAUUGUGGAGUGAGAAACACUUUUUUGCUUAAAUUAAAACCUUCAUUAGUUGAAGGUCUGGGUUGGACUAUAUUACAGAAGUAGUCUAGAGUUCUUGUCAUGAAAAUUCUCAUAUUUGCCUCUGGUGCAAUCAAAUGGGAUAGUCAUGACGUACCCAUAGUUAGUAAAAAACUUAGUAAAGUUUGGCCACUCAAAAGUAACUUCCACCUGGUAGUGAUAGUGUAACCAGAUUGUUGCUAAGAGGCAAAAUAAGUAAAAAUGUCAUUUCUUGGUAUAUAGGAUUAGAAACUGCAAGUCUACUCAUGGCAGAAUUUCUAUAAAGAGUGACUUUAAGGGCACCUGGGUGGCUUAGUUAAGCGUCUGCCUUCAGCUCAGGU